CGCGAUCCUCCUUAGCGCUUGUUCAGGAUCUACUGCUUGCCCGGCGUUCAGUACAGGGAUGAGUAAUAGGUGUCCAGCGCACGAGAUAAUGAUUGCGUACUCAUGCAGGUGCUUGAGAGUAUAAAAGGGCCUCGGCGUUUCCAACCAACAGCUAGCUCAGCUCUUUCUGUCGCGUUCUACGUCUCAACUCCACCUUUCUCUAGUUCUCCUGGUCAACAUGGUCUUGAAGCUUUACGGGAACCCCGUAUCUCCCUGCACCCGGACCGUCGCGAUGGUCUGCAAGGAGCUCAACCUUCCCCGUGAGCUUGUUGUAGUCUACUUCACCAAAGGCGAACACAAGCUACCUGAGUAUGUCAAGAAGCAGCCCUGCGGCCAAAUCCCUUACAUUGACGAUAACAGCUUUGUGCUGCAUGAGUCUCGCGCCAUUGCUCGCUGCCUGGCGGUCAAGUACGCCAACGCAGGCACGGCAGACCUCUACCCGAGCGACUUUCAGGGAAAGGACCUCGUCGAACAGGCGGCGUCUAUCGAGGCAUUCAACUUUUACCCAGCUGACAUGCUUCUGAUUGCAGUGCUUUCCGUGGCCAGCCUAACCGACGAGGCUAGACUUCAGGAGUACCUCUCGGUCUUGAAUCCCAAGCUCGACGGUUUUGGCAGCAUUCUUGGAUGCUCAGGCUAUGUCACAAAACAUAUGCGUGAGGUGCAGGAGGCAAGACGUACCGAAGACAAAUUCGCAAUUGAACGUGAGAGAUUCUAA